CACAUAAAGCCAUACCCAGAGAGAGAGAAGAGAUAAAAAGAGAGAGAGAAAAGGAAAGAAAGAAAGAGAAAGUGGUUUUAAAAUCAGGAAUUUUAUGGCAAUUGCAGCUUCAGCAAGAAGCAGUUCAUCAACGAUGAGCCACGAAGAAAUUAGCAGCAACAACAACAAAACUAACAACAAUUGUGAAGAUCAUAAUCACGAUGAUAUUAUUGAUCACGAUCAACACGAACAUGACGUCGUUAUGCCCGGUUUCCGCUUCCAUCCUACCGAAGAAGAGCUCGUUGAAUUCUACCUUCGCCGUAAGGUUGAGGGCAAACGCUUUAAUGUCGAACUCAUCACUUUUCUUGAUCUUUAUCGCUAUGACCCUUGGGAACUUCCUGCUUUGGCUGCCAUUGGCGAGAAGGAAUGGUUCUUCUACGUCCCUCGUGAUCGCAAAUACCGCAACGGUGACCGUCCCAAUCGUGUUACCACCUCCGGCUAUUGGAAGGCUACCGGUGCCGAUCGCAUGAUUCGUACCGAGGAUUUUCGUUCUAUUGGUCUUAAGAAAACCCUAGUUUUCUACUCCGGCAAGGCGCCUAAGGGUAUUCGCACUAGUUGGAUUAUGAACGAGUAUCGCUUGCCUCAUCAUGAGACCGAACGAUAUCAAAAGGCAGAGAUUUCGUUGUGUCGGGUUUACAAAAGAGCCGGAGUUGAAGAUCACCCUUCACUCCCUCGGUCUCUCCCGUCGAGAGCAUCGUCUUCGCGAAUGGCAAGCUCGUCGACGCCAAAGAAUAAUCUUCUUCCGGGUGGCUCAGUUAAUGUCGUCCAAACUUCAUCAUCAUCCACUGAUAAAUUCCCGACGAGUUUCGAGUCACAAUUCCACCAUCAUCAACUUCAAAUUGGUGUUGGUGUCGAAGCCACUGCGGCCGACGCCUCCGCCACAAGCUCUUGUGAAGAAGUCACCACUGUUCUUGGCCUUUCCAAACAAAACCCUUUUCCCACAACUUCAUUAAUCAACAUGGCUGCCACUUCUUCCCUCGCAAUUCCAGCUUCAGCUUCUACAACUCCCAAUUGCAUGGAAGAAGAUGAUCACCAAUCCAUCAUUCUCCAUAAACAACAACAAUUACCUUCUUCUUCUUCACUUAUUUUGCCCACUUACACCUCUUUCUUCUCUCCUUCCAAUAAUUCCCUUGAUGACCUACAAAAGCUCAUUCACUAUCAACAACAACACCCGCUGCCAUCCACUUCGCCCGCCACCGUCGUAAACUCUCUACCGUCACAAUAUUACCAACCGACACCCCCACCUCCGCCGCAACAACUCGCCCUCAACACGCUACCAGUCGUAUUCUCCGACAGACUAUGGGAGUGGAAUCCAAUCCAAGACGCAACCAAUCCCUUCAAGUAAAUUUUCAACAACGGAAAAAUUCAUAUCGUUAACGACAUGUUUAGCCACUAUAACCAGUUAAACUAUAUUCAGGUUGGCAAUAUCAAUAUGCUUAGUUCAAUCAACUACUACUCAUCAUGACAUAUAUGAUUGAAGAAUAACGUCACUUUGUUGCUACCUCAAACUACUUCAAUUUCCUUUUUUUUUCCUCUCUUUUUUUAAUCUAUGUAGUUGCAUGAUAUCAUGUGAACAUAUAUAUAUAUAUAUAUAUAUAUGACUAAUCUGGAAAAAAAAUAAUUAUAGUUAGUUUAUUGUUGCUUCUUGUUGAUUACAUUAUAUUUUAAAAUAAUUAGUUAGGGAUGUUUUAUAUUUGCAAGAGAUCCAAAGGGGAUCUUGUUGGUUGUAACUUGUUGAAGUGUUGUCAGAUCUUGAUGUUAAUAAUAAUAGAAUGUUUCUUCUUCCCAA